AUGAAUGGCGAUUCGUAUUACGGUGGUAAUAACGACGACCACUACAACAUGCAAGAUCCGGGAUCGUCGAGAAAUCCGUUUCUGGACGAUGCUGAGUUAAAUCAGUUUUCCAGCGACAACAGUGGGAGAAACUCGGAAUCGUCGCUGCUACACAGGGAAUCGAGCUUAGCUUCAGGAGACUCUCGCUCGCAAAACGACACUAUAGAACAAGAUUCACGCGCACAUGUGCAGCCGGUUUCUGACUACAAGGGCUUUUACGCCAGGAAUAACAACAGUACUACGGGUAAUAACAACAGCAUCAACAAUAAUAGCAACAAUGCGGGUCCACACGGAACGACCAACAGUGCUGCAGGAGGAGGACUGAGAGCAGCAGCAGCCGCACAAGCCCACAACAUGGUCCACAGUGCCAGCACACCUUCAGGAGCAGCAGCUGCCCGCCAGUCCGCUCUGCUACCGCCCUCCAACUCCACUCCAAAUCACGGGUUCCCAUCGAGCACUUCGAUGGCCUCGAACGCGAUUUCUACCUCAGACAUCACAUCACCGCCAGCGUUUGAUAGAUACCCACAGGUUGGUAACUCGCGCACCGCGUCCACUCAUAUUGGCGGAAUAACGCCGCUACAUGGUUCGUCUUCGGGAAACAACUCAAACUCGAACUCCUCAAUCAAUUCUUCCAACCCAUUCUUGUCGGACCAAGACUUUUCGCCCUUUGGUGGGUACCCAGCAUCGUCCUUCCCAUUAAAGAUGGACGAGAAGGAGGACGACGAUUAUCUACAUAACCCGGACCCAGAAGAAGACCUGAAACUGGACAAGAAAAGAUUCGAGUUGGACUUGAAGAAUAUGGAUAGAAGGUCCGCCGGUGGGCUUUUCGGUGUCCUUUUCCUUUUCCUAGGUGCUAUUGUCGUCUUCAUCGUACUUCCAAUCGUCACUUUCACUGGAGCUGGAACACACUACUCGCCAGAUGUCGUGGAAUUGUUGACACUGUACCAAUAUCCACAGUUAUCGGCAAUACGAACCAGUCUCGUGGAUCCAGAUACUCCGGAUAAGGACAAGACCGUCAAGGCUUUGAACGGUGACGAAUGGGAGCUAGUAUUCUCAGAUGAGUUCAAUGCUGUCGGAAGAACGUUCUUCGACAACGAGGACCAGUUCUGGACAGCUCCUAACUUACACUACGACGCUACUAAGGAUUUGGAAUGGUAUUCCCCACAACAGGUUAUCACCUCCAACGGUACUUUGAAACUCAGAAUGGACGCUUUCAAAAAUAACAACUUGUAUUACAGGUCAGGUAUGUUGCAAUCGUGGAACAAAUUAUGCUUUACUCAGGGUAGACUAGAGGUUAGUGUCAAUUUGCCAAACUAUGGUACAGUCACGGGUCUAUGGCCUGGUGUUUGGACACUAGGUAAUUUGGGUAGACCAGGUUACCAAGCCACUACCGAUGGUGUUUGGCCUUAUUCGUACGAAGGAUGCGACGCCGGUAUUACUCCAAAUCAAUCCUCUCCAGACGGUAUCUCAUACUUGCCUGGCCAAAGGCUUUCAGCCUGUACCUGUGAUGGUGAAGACCAUCCAAACCUGGGUACUGGUAGAGGUGCUCCAGAAAUCGAUAUCAUCGAAAUUGAAGCUGAUACAAAACUACAUGGUGUUGGUGUUGGUGUUGCUUCUCAAUCUUACCAAGUUGCUCCAUUCGACAUUUGGUACAUUCCGGACUAUGACUUUGUUGAGAUUUACAACCAUACUGUCACUACAAUGAACACAUACUGUGGUGGUCCAUUCCAACAAGCCAUUUCAGCCGUCUCUACAUUGAACGCUUCAUGGUACGAGUUCGGCCAAGAUGCUGGUUACUACCAAAAAUACGCUAUUGAAUAUCUAAACGAUAACGAGAAUGGGUAUAUCCGCUGGUUUGUGGGUGAGAACCCAACUUACACAAUGUACGCAAAGGCCAUGCAUCCAAACGGUAACGUGGACUGGAGACGUGUAUCUAAAGAACCAAUGUCUAUCAUUCUUAACUUGGGUAUCUCUAACAACUGGGCUUAUAUCGAUUGGCAAUCACUUUUCUUCCCUGUUACUAUGUCUAUUGACUAUGUCAGAUUAUACCAACCAAAGGAUAGUGUCAGUGUUACUUGCGAUCCAGAAGACUAUCCAACAUAUGACUACAUUCAAUCGCAUAUAAACGCAUACACUAAUGUCAACUUGACAAGUUGGGAAGACGCUGGGUACAGUUUCCCAAAGAACUCCCUAACAGGAAAUUGUAAGAGCUCAAAGUACAAGCCACCCUCAAAUUAA